CAGCUGAGUUGUGACCAUGCCUUUAUGUUUACAAACUAGUUGUGCUUAGACCUUAAUUGAGAACAUUAGCGCCAUCCGUCCUCAACGGUAUUGGAUAGAAGAUAAAAAAUUCUUUUUUUCUCUCUUUUACCGUCUAGAGAGACAAGAUGGCUCGUGGACCAAAGAAACAUUUGAAGCGUCUGAAUGCCCCGAAGGCAUGGAUGUUGGAUAAAUUGGGUGGUGUUUAUGCUCCACGACCAUCCACUGGCCCUCACAAACUACGAGAAUCUUUACCUUUGGUAAUUUUUCUUCGAAAUAGGCUAAAGUAUGCCUUAACAAACUGCGAAGUGAAAAAAAUCUGCAUUCAAAGGCUCAUUAAGGUCGACGGCAAAGUUCGUACCGAUGCCAACUACCCAACUGGUUUCAUGGAUGUUGUGACUAUUGAAAAGACCGGUGAAUUUUUCCGAUUGAUCUAUGAUGUGAAAGGACGAUUCACAAUUCAUCGCAUUACUGCUGAAGAAGCAAAAUACAAAUUGUGCAAAGUGAAACGUGUUCAGACUGGACCAAAGGGAAUUCCUUUCUUGGUAACACACGAUGGAAGAACUAUCCGUUAUCCAGAUCCUUUGAUUAAAGUAAAUGACACCGUUCAACUGGAUAUCGCCACUUCUAAAAUUCUUGAUUCUAUUCGAUUUGACUCUGGUAAUUUAUGUAUGAUUACGGGAGGAAGGAAUUUGGGUCGUGUUGGAAGUGUCGUUAGCCGAGAACGUCAUCCUGGUUCAUUUGACAUUUGUCACAUUAAAGAUUCCCAAGGUCACACAUUUGCCACAAGGUUAAAUAAUGUAUUUAUCAUUGGCAAAGGGUCGAAACCAUAUGUGAGUCUUCCAAGAGGAAAGGGAGUGAAGCUCACGAUUGCCGAAGAAAGAGACAAAAGGUUGGCAUCCAAGCGAGAGUAAUGUAUGUUUCAGGAGAAAAUUUUCUAAAUAAACGAGAGUUUUCGAUGAAA